AUGGCUACUAUAACCCGCAGUAAACAGGAAGAUCCACGCGAUUUAGUAGAAUCAGCUCUUGCUGCUGACUAUCGUAACACCCCCAAUCAUGUGAGCGUUUCUUCCGAAAUCCCACAGUCAGCACCUAUAGCCUUCAACGAAGACACUGAUGACUUGGAUAUACAACAGUCAUGCAGUAUGACAAUACAAGCUAUCAUUGAAAGACUCGAAUCACCACCCAGAAGACAAGGCCCUGCUACAUCGGAAAUCGCUACCCAGACAGAAAUAGAAUUCACCAGCACAGGAUCCCAGACAGAUUUCACCUCUCCAUCAACACAGCAAGUCAACGACCUACAAAAGCAAAUCAAGCACCUCUCUGAUCUUCUUCACGCCACACAGCUAGAAAUGGACCGAUUAUACACUACGUUAGGCUACCUUCAAAAUCCCCACAGUACUGAAGCAGGUGAACGGUAUCACGUGGAAGCAGACUUUGAGCAACUUUCCUCCCUUGAACGUAUUUUGGGAAAAGGCUCAUUUGGCGUGGUUACCCAAAGACGUCUCCAGAAUGGCACAAGAAUUGCAGUGAAGCAGCUUACAAGUCGAGAAUCUCCAAUCCGAGAAUUUCAACACCUGGCAGCUGCACAAACCGGAUUCUAUACAAAGCCUCCUGGCAGUAAACCUCAAUGGACCACCCUAUACAAUAGCGUCAUCAUCGACUUUGGGAUUGCCUGUCCACUAGCAGAGCCGAGGAAGUACUCUAAACCAGCCGAUCACCUGUGCUACUGGAUAGCCCCGGUGGUGCAGAAUGCUACCAAUGCAUUCUCUGUACAUAGUGACAUUUUUUCAGUAGGGACAUUUGUGGAUGGGGAAUCGUUGUUCACUGAGGGAUUGAUGGGUAUUCACGAUUGGCAACAAUCCUACAAGCAUCAACCAAUGACAGAGCAAAAACAGUAUAUGAAUUGUUUAAGAGAAGCUGUACGUGAAAUUUAUUGGCCAUCGAGGGUAAGAACUGAUUUUGGCAGGGAGAAUAAUUUGGUGGGGGAGGAAAUUAUGCAACGGAGAGGGGGAAGAAAUUAUGCAACGGAGAGGGGAGGGCAGGGGAACUUGGUUGCAAGGAAGCUCUGUCAACAAUCCAAAGAUUGA